GAUGGCAUUUUCAUAUCGAUUUAGCAGGGAACAAGCCCCAUUUGAACUCAAUAGGGUUGCUUCCCAGUUGGUGGGCACAGGAUUGCCGCCCUGUUAACCACAGGGCAAAAUUGAGCUGUACCCUUUUGACUGCCUGGGCUGGGCAGCAAAAAAUCUGGUGUGAAUCCAGUCCUCUUGUUGUGGCGUUCAGUAGAGCUGCUUGGGUAAGAUGGCAAGAAAACUGUGGCUGAGAAGAGCCAAGAGGACAAGAGAUGAGGCGUUCAGCCAAAGAACAAAGGAUUAGAAACAUCAAGCAGUGGCAUCCAAGGAAACCAGGUGGUGUGAGCGAACUAUGGCGGCAACAUUGAAACUACAUCUUAAGAAGGAAGGUUGUCAAUUAGGCAAAAAGUAUGUAAAGACAAAACUGUCACAUCUCCACCUGGACGAUACGCAAGAGGGUGAAGUAAAAGACAGAAGAGAAUCUACUUCUCCAAAAUUGUCAGCUUUGAAUUCACCAUUGUCCUCUUCAGGAAACAAAGCAACUCCAGGAAAGUGUGUCAUCAAAAAGAUACUGGUUGACCUGCGCCCCAUUCUGGAUAACAUCAUGGACCCCUUGGACUCUCAAGAGGAAAUGUUGGAGGAAAACCCCCAAGACAAGGCUCUCCAGCAUCCUUCAUCAGACCCUUGCGAUUCCAGUGGUGAAGACUUCCUUGAAGGAGAAGACGGAACCUCAGGGGUGACCACCACUGAUGGGGCAGGGAACCAGACCAGCAAGAUGGCUCCUGUUUGUUCUAAGGAUAAUGAAGGAGGAGGAGGAAACCAGACCAGCAAGAUGGCUCCUGUUUGUUCUAAGGAUAAAGGCAUCCAUAAAGUUAUUUCAUUCCCUUCCACACCUGAGCUCAUCAGAGUCUCCAAGUUUAAUGGAAGGAGAGUCAAGACCCCCAGAGGAACCCCGGCAGAGCUAGGAGAACCGAAACGGCCUCAGAAAAACAUCUCUCCUGCCAUGCUUAUUCUUGAACCCCAGUUUGAAAGCCCAAUGUUUGUUCCCAGGAUAUGCCCACAGCAGUGCGCUCUGCUGGACACAGAAAGUUCAGCCGAACUCCCGAGAGCCCCCUCCCCGGACUUCCAGCUGCCCACCCAGCUGCUCUUACAGAGGCUGCAGGAGACCACGACGAGUAGCAACCACCUGCUGAUCACGCAGGUCCUGAGCUCAUUGCAGGAGGAGCUGCUGGUGCGCAGCCCAAGCUCCAGUGAUGGGGAAAAACAGAACAGCUCCUCAGAGGCUUCUUGGAACAAACCUAGCAAAAGCGGCCCUGCAGACCCUAACCAAGGAAAGGAGGCGAACGGCAAUCCAGGGGCCACGCAAAGGAGGCUGAGGAAAUCCACCUGGUGUUGCCACCAGUUCAUCUAUGGCGCAGGUCUCGGGCAGGCAGCCCCCCAUCUCUGAGUUGCUGCUGGAUUAAGGGCGAAUACCCUGACUGGAUUAGUCAUCACGUUCGGCAUCUGGCAGGCAAUCCACCCGCUGCUGGAGGAAGGCUCCCGGAAAGGGCCUGAAACUGAGCUGAUGUAUUCUUGCUUCUCAAUAUAGAAGGUAGACUGAUUCUGUCUAUGGAGGUACCACCAUAGGAUCUCAAUAGAUCUCCAUUUUA